AUGUUUACUGUGGAUCACAACACCUGUGUUAUGUUUACUGUGGAUCACAACACCUGUGUUAUGUUUACUGAGGUCCACAACAUGUGUUAUGUUUACUGAGGACCACAACACCUGUGUUAUGUUUACUGUGGAUCACAACACCUGUGUUAUGUUUACUGUGGACCACAACACCUGUGUUAUGUUAACUGAGGUUCACAACACCUGUGUUAUGUUAACUGAGGUCCACAACACCUAUUAUGAAUGUUUACUGAGGACCACAACCCUAAUGUGUGUGUCUACUGUCAUAAGAGAGAAAUGUUGGAGGUGUAGAGAAAGGUCAAAACUAAUAUCCUGUAUUGAGUAUUAUGAUGGAUCUGUUUAUUGUUAUUCAUACCAUUUUCUUAGCUACUUAAUACAAUAGCUAGCUACUUUCCUUAUGACCAUGCUUGUAUUCUACAACAAAAUACCUUUGAAAUCCGACGAAUUUAUUUGUUAUUCAGAAAAGUUCCAGUAUGCAGUUCUGAAAUGUUGAUGCACAUUUUCCCUGAACAUAAAUUUGGUGUUUUUUUCCACUGUUAAGCCAAGAUUCCAUUCACGCAUUAGCGCCAAAAAUAGACCACAUUGAAAUAUAUAUGGUUGUUUCCAUUGGUACGGUUGCUUUAGCAUUAUGUGUUUGCAGUACAUGCCAAUCGCUCCUUGUAGCGAUUGAAAAUGCAAACGCGUGAAUGGAAUCCAAGCUUUACACAGAAUGCCUCGUGUAGCCUCACCAUCAUCCCCAUCACUUGUAUUGCCAGGGUUAUUAAUAUUCGCUUCUGCAUCGUAUUGCUGUAACGCUUAUUUUGUAUUCUCAUUAGUAAGGCCCUUGUGACAGACACCCUCCCUCUGCCAUGACAGUUGGAGUAUAAGGCUCUUGGUGUGCCUGAGUGGGCCUGGCCAGCUGUAGCUACACUUGUUUCACAAACAUCUACCUAACAGGUCAUAGUGACCACAGGAACCGUAGAUAUUAGUAAUGGGAAAGUUGAAACCAUUGCCACAGAAAAUUCAACUGCUACAUUGCAGUGGUCACCAAGAAUGCAACAUUUAGAAUGUUGAAAUUUGUUGAAAAGUUUUUACUUACUGUACUCGAGGGAAGUAAUUUUGCAUAAAUGACUUUAACCAAUUGUUAUUUGGCCUUAGUACAGUAUAGUACUUAGCUAUAACAAUAACUAACUGCAUUAAUGGCCUCCCAAGAUCAGAAGUGUGUCAUACUGUCCUGUGCUCCAAGUAAUUAUUAAUUGAUAUUCAUAAUACUACUGUACUAGCUACUGUACAUUUCAUUUUAGUUGUUGGUGAUGUUGACUGUAUGAAUACUGUUUUUUCAGAUUGAAGAAUGACAUAAAAUUCCAAAGUAAGAAAUUUUAGUCAAGAUGUCAGUUCGCAGUGGGCGUGUGGUCAAGACAGUGAGGACUCUCACGAGACCAACACAUGAAGCAGCCUGUGCUUACACCACCUAUAACUGUACAAUGACGAGACUGGAUGGAUUUGAGUAUUGCAGCCGACAUAUUCUUGAGGACAAGGGAGCACCAUUUCGUCAGUGUAACUACAUAUACACAAGUACAGGGAAGAGAUGUCUGCGGCCAGCACCAACCAGUGACAGAAAAGAAGGCAGGUACUGUGGUGAACACUCCAGGCGGUCUCUGGUGUUGAGACAGAGAGCAGCGCGUAGGCGUCGAUCUCGUGAAACUCCAGAAACCCUCCUGAAUCAGCUGAGUCACCAUCAGAUGGACACACAAACUGCUGGCCAAAAUGCAAUUCCUGACCCGGCAAGUGUGACAGGCGUGGCUUCAGCAUCGCUCGAGUAUGCAAGUGAUACAGACAGUGAGGAAGAGAUAACCACCUUGCCCCAUGACACUCUGCCACGUCGUGAGGCUGAUAGUGAAUUAGAUUCGGCUGAUUCUGAUGCUGAUCCCCUUGAACACUCGCAAGUUUUUACUACGGAGGAAAUAACAAGAAUAUAUCUGGAGAAGUUGAAGAGAUUAAAGUCCAUGUAUAUUGGAGAGUACAAGAGACUUGCCCAUAUCUUGCGAGAGGGCAGAAGAAAGUAUCUCCAGAGUGUGCGACAAGAGAAAGAAACCAUGGUGAGUAUCCAUGCUCAGCCUAAAACCACACCAGAGGAGAGAGCAGCAUACGACCAGCUUCGGGCCAUGAGUCGGUACCACAAGCACUUGGGGACGCAUUCACUCUUAUACCGGCAGCAGCUGGAACGUCGCCUCCAGGUAACUGAGGGAGUGAACUACAAGCCUGGUCCAAGUGUUGGCUGCGUAAAAUGUGUGUAUAGUGAAGGAUCGUGGCGCUGCGGAGAAAAAUCUGUUCCUCUCUCCAAAUAUUGCUCAAAACAUAUUUUACAUGAUCCUAAUCAGGUGUUGUUUGGAGCAUGUGGUGUGAGCAGGUGUGGUGAUGAUCAGUGCUCCAUGCCAGUUAUGUGUCUACCUUACACAACCACCUGCAUCUACCAUACUCCCAUACCAGAUCCUAUUCCUGUUAGUUCACCACUCCUUGAAGACAUAGAGAACAAUGCAAUAGACCUAAGUGCAGAGGAGCUGAGUAUUCAGAGCUCUACUAGCCAGCUGCCUCCUCCUGGACCCCAAGAGAUCAUUGACCUCUCAGAAAGUCAUAGCUUCAUUGUUUCUGAAGUGCCACCUGAAAAUGUCAUGGAGGGAGAUGGUGAGGAAACAGACGAAGCACUUUCUUCAGAGACUAAAUCAUGAAGACGUGGUGUAGAAGGCUUUUACCAUAGGUCUAAAUCUUUCAAUAUGCCAAGAGCUACACACCACAUAUAUAAAUUAUUAAUGAAUUUUUGGGUGGAAACAAACUAUAGAAACAUUGUGAGGUUAUAAAGCUGAAGUGUGGUACAGUAUAUCCAUUCUUAUGCAAGUGUUAAUUUUAGUUUACCCUUUGAAACGCUAGCAUAAUAAGGUAUGGGUAGGUAAUCUAUCUAUCAGUUUGUUUUCUGAGUGCCUCUAUACUAUUUCUUAUAUGAAGCAACAUCACUAUAAGAUAUUUUGGUGAAAACUUGCCUUGAGUACAGUAUAUAGCAUUGAUGAAGUGCCAACCUCAAAUCUGUGUCAGGGUCAAAUAUAAUAGGGAGUAUAUUAUGUGUUGCAGUACAAGUAAUCAUCUUUUAGUAUGGAUAAUUAUAUGGGUGAAGUAACAUUAAUAUCUCUGAGGUGAAAUUAGUGGUACCCAUUAUCAUACCUCCCAGAUAACACAUAAACACACAAAAUUUUAAUGAGAACAAAAAUGUGAGGAAUUAGAUAUAAAUUACUUGACCUGAAAAUUUUUACAGUGCAGUAUACUGUAUCAUGUGACUCUUCAAUAUGAAAGUUUGUUUGACAACCUCUUGUUGCCAUUUAAGAUUUAUGUGAGUUACGACAACGAAAUACUGUACUUAUAUACAAUAUAUUUUUUAACAAGUACAAUAGUCAAUAUUCACAAAUGAUAAUAGAUUUUGUCAAAAUUAUAUAUUUUAUUCUUUAAACUUACCUAUGAAUUUAACAUUAUACACAGAGUAAUGUGAUCUCAUUCACAAAGAAUUUAGCAUUUAUAUUUUGCAGUUAACAGCCCAAAGAAAAUUAUUAAAAGUAUAAGUAUUUUUCCCAAGCAAGUAAAUCCAAGAUAAAUUUUGCUUUAUCUGAGUUUAUAAGAAAUUUAAUUUUUUAUAAUCUUAUCUAAAUACUGUGCAUUACAUUUAAGAUGUACUGAAUGAAUCUCGGUGUGACAUCGGGGAUACCAGUUUUUGUCAAUUGAAGUUGUAUAUAUUGAAGUUCUUUUUCUGAUUUGUGAUAACUUUUUUUCUUUGCUGGUAAUAUGCCAGAUGAACAGUGUGUUUUCUGGAGACUCCAAGUCUUUAAUGUUUUGUUAUACCUUUAUCAUUAUCACCACCCUCAUCACCCGGGACUCAUUAAUACUGUUGCUUCCUGGAUGUCCGUCUCCUUUGCUUCUGGAGAAUCAUUCAGCCAUCACUCCUUGUUCCCUCCCCCUCUGUCAUCUACCUUUGAGUUGUAAACUUUAUUUUUUCUAUUAAUCCAUGCCACAUAGCCCAUCACCUCGUUCAUUUCCUUAUUUCUGCAUUUCUAGUUUUCUCCGUCCUAUUCACCCCACAUAUCUUCAAACAUGUCCUGUGUACUGUAUAUCUUUUAUCCUUGCAUCCAGAGUCUUUGCUUCACAUAUUAAAUCCUUAACAUUAACAUCAUCUUUAGCAUUUUAUCUCAUGCACUAAGUGCAGAAGAGCUUAUGACACCCCUGGUGUUAAUGCAUCAUUGGAAACUAUUUUAAGUUUUAGUUCCUAUGUGUGUAUAUGCAGGUGAGUUGUUACCUUUUGGUAGUGCUCAUUAUUAUGUAGCACAUUUGAUGUUGUUUAUGAAACAUUUUGCUGAUAAAGAAGGCAGUGUAUUAGUACCAAAUAAAAUUAUAUUAUAAA